GCUGUCUAAAAAUAAAUUGUCAUUUGGAUUUUUUGAACGUUUGGACUGUGGGCAUUAGGAGUUUAUUUUGUUAUGGAUUAUUUCAGCACUUUUCCCUGAACAAGCUCCUGCCAUUUACAGCUCUGUGAUAAAGAUAAAGUAAUUUGCAAAAAAAAAAAAAAGUGGUUAGGGAAAAAAGGGUGAUAAAAGAAUGAAAAAAAAAAUCAUCUGUAUUUGUUUCAGUCUCAAUGUUGAACCCUAAACAUUAUAUACAAGGUGCCUAGCUAGACUUGUAUGGAAUGUAAAUACAACCCUUAUGAAUUCUUUACAAAAAGCAGUUAGUAAAUUUAAAAAGCACAGGGUUGUGUGUUAGUGGACAUUAAUAAAUCCAAAUGUAUCCUUUUUGGGCUGAAGAUUUUGUAAACCUAACAAAAGAAUCACUGGGUGCCUCUGGGGUGCUUUUAGAUAAAGUAGACUCCCAGACAAACACACACACACACACACACACACACACGCAUACACAAGAACCAUCUUUCUCCCUUUCAUUUCUUAAAAGCUUCAUAUCCAUACAAUACGCUGCCUUUGUAGUAUCAAAUUCAUCAAGACAUUAGCUAACUGGAUUGAUAAAUGAGGUCAGUUAUUUGGAAUAUAAAAUAACACUGGCAAUGCUGUGAUGGAAAUGUUUUUCCAUGCAGUUUGGGUAGAUUUUAGUGUCCAAAAGCUAUGAAAUGAAAUACAGUAAAUCUGUGAAGAAAAGCAAAGUGUACAAUGAAGUGAAGUGGGCAAACGUGUAGAUGUGAAAUGUCACCUCAGUUAAAUUUAAAUCAAACUCAUUCAGUUAGAAUAUUUAAGUAACAUGAACAUACUCUAUAUCAUACUAAAAACUGAAUAUUAAAUAUAAAUAUAAAACAAACACAAUAGUUUGUACACACUGUAAAUUAAGUCUGUUCUUCUGCUGAAAUGGCUACAACAUUCAUUUUAAACUCAUGUAACUCCUUUUUUUUCUUUCAGAAAUCUCCAUGUUAAUUAUGAGGAUAUGUAAAUGGACUCUGAGGAUCAAGAUGAAUGUCAAGGUUCCUGCAGUACUGUUGACCCUAUUGAGUCUGAUCAGAGAAUUGGUAGCCUGUCCAUCAGUCUGCACCUGUAGCAAUAUCCACACCGACUGCAGCAACCGCGAUCUCCUGCUCUCCUUCAACUUGAUUUCCAGCCAGCUUCCCUCUAACGUCACCACCCUCAACCUCUCCAGAAACAGCAUCACACUAAUUGAUCCGGGAGCCUUUGCCAACCUCAGCAGCCUUCUGCAACUGGACCUCUCCAGAAACCAGCUCUUCACCCUCCACCCCUCCACCUUUUACCCGCUGAGCAGCCUGGAAUUUCUAGACCUUUCCAGCAACUUCCUGGAGAACCUUCCGGUAGAUCUUUUCUCUGAGCUCAGCAACCUCAGAGAGCUCAUUUUAAGGGACAACAGGCUAAAGGAAGUAAACUCCAAACAGUUUCAGAGUCUGGCUGAACUCCAGCACCUGGAUCUUUCCUUGAACAGUCUGGCCUCCAUGUCCUUGGAUCUUCUGGAUGGAUUACAGGGCUUGGAGUGGCUCUCAUUAGCCGGGAAUAGGCUAAGGACGAUUCCGAGAUCAGUACUUGAGCCGCUCACUGCGCUACAGCGGCUCCUGCUGGAGGGAAACCGGUGGAACUGCAAUUGCAGUCUAGUGCCAUUCAAACACUGGGUUGAAUGGAUGUUAUAUAGAGGUGGCCAUGUGGAUUCCAUAGUGUGCUCUCUUCCUGCAUUCCUACAAGGCCGAGACCUCCGCAUCAUCCCCAUGGACAUGUUCCAACACUGUUCAAAUCUUCCUUCAUCCUCUGUCAGCGCAACCGAGGGUCUCAUCAUCUCCACUGACUCAACAGCAGCCUGUCUUGAGCAGCGUCCCCGUGUUGUGAACCUGCGCCGAGCCCCCACCACCUUGGUGCUGGCCAGGCUGGUGUGUGGUGUGGUGUGGCUGAUGAUGGUAGUGGUGGUCAUGUACAGCUGCAUCUAUGCCAUGCUGGCAGCCAAAUAUAAGCAGGAGCAGCUCAAGAGGAGUCUGAUGGAAGUGAAGGAGCCAGAGGUCGAGCAUGAGAAGGAGGAGGAUGAGAAAGAGAUGGAGCAUGAUUUUGAUAAAGGCGCUAAGGCUAGAGAGCACGCAGAUUGGAUGGUGUUGCCACCAGAAGUCUGCGUUUGAGGAGAUACUCGUAGGCUAUGUCUGAACAUAAAUAUCUGUUCUGCUCAUUCAUUCAGUUGGUUGAAGCUUUUAUUCAAAGUUGACAUAACAAAUAAAGUAGAGUACAAUCCAAAUAUAUAAAGGAGCAGGUGAAGGUUAGAGGAAUUGCUCAAGAGCUCUGAAAUGGGGGAUUUAUAGCAAGUAUCCCAUCCUUAAACUCAUAACCUUCCACUUCCUACCUCAGAAAGUCAUCCACUGAGCAACUAUCAUCAGCUGCAUUAUUUAUAUUCCUCAUUUUCCUGAAGAAUCCUAUUAAUGUUUAGAGGGAUAAAAUACAUUCCCAGCAUUGGUGAAACUGUAUAUCGCAUGCUUUUCUUUCAUAAUUGUAGAUUUAUCAAAAUAUCAUAAAACCUUUACACUUUUUAAAUUGAAUAUUAAACUAAUACUGUUUACUGUUUCAGUGAAUUAAAUGAUAAAUAUUAAACGUACAUUCAGCUGCAGAAGUAUUGACACCCUUCAGGAAAAUGACAAAAAUGUCUAUUGGAGUGGCAAUAAUUUAACCAAAGUGAUUAUGAGAGAAAAUACUAGUUUUUUCCCCCUCUGUUUAAGAGGGAAUUUUGAAUUAGUGUGUAAUGUUUUCUUUAUACAAUAAUUUUUGCUCAUUUUUAUGACUGGUGCCAAUAACUACAUUGUUGACGUACAUGUUUAAAAGUGUGUACAGUAUAAAUAUAAAUAAGCUAUAAGUGUAAAGGCUUAAGGUCAAGGUUAAUUUCGCUGAUUCUGUACCUCCAGCCAGUGCUGUUCUCUUCCGUUCAGUCACAGUUACAGCAGUCACUGCUACCAACAUGUUCUUUUCUGUAGGAGAGAACACACAUUAGUCAUCUCCUUUAGGUCUCGAAGCUUGAAUCUAUUGAUUCACAUGAUUGAUUUUAUAUUGCAAUAUAUAUAUUCAUGGUGAAAUGACCAUAAUGUUGUAAAUGAGCCCUGACUGUACUAAAUUAAAUUCAGCAUGUUAAAGAUCAAGCACCUUUAUUGACAUCAUCAACAGGUACGUAGUAAUAAAACUGUCCGGGUUUGUUCUCAGCUGCCAGGCGAUACCAGA